UCUUAUUUUAUUUCUCUCAUUUUCCCUCUCGCUCUCUCUCUAAACGCAUGCUUUGUGCUCGUUAUGCAUUAAGAUCGUUGCCCAAGCUCUUCUGAUCGUUGUAUGUUUUCAUCGUCUCUUAAUUUGGGGGUUUCCCAUUCUGCCAUGGAUUCUAUUGAAGCUUUCAGCUGAAGAGAUUGGUCGACAUGAUUGUUUCUUCCUGUUGUUUUUUGGGGUUUUCUCUGCCUUCACUCUUCUAAGAUCUGGUGGGAGCUGUGGAUCACAUAAUGGGACAAGAGCCAGAAUUGGACUUUGACAGCCUUUGCACUGUGGAUCUGAGUCCCAACACUGUUCUUCCAUCUAUUCCACGGCAUUCGAGCAUUAAGAAAAGAAGCUCGAGAACAAAACUUAACCAUGAAGAUUUUAUGUUGAAUGUAAAGGAUGGUUUUACUGAGAUUAGAUUUUGUGGCGACCGCGGGUUUCGAAAAAGCAAUUCAUCUAGUCUAGUUGAACUGGAAGACAAUGAACAUAUAGAAUUUGAAUUGAAUGUGAAGAAUGAUGUUACAGAGAUUAGAGUUGGCUGUGAUCACAGUUCUCAUAAAAGCAAUUCACCUGGCCUAGUUGAAUUGGAAGAUGAUGAAGUGCUCGAGCAGCGUUCUAAGCACGAGAGGUCUGAAGAUGUAAGUAGCAUAGAAGGGAUGGGCAUUCAAGAGGAAAGAGGAAAAAUAGAAAUUUCACGUGACAAUUACACCUCUUGGGUUGCUGGUAUUGUUGACUCUUUGUGUAGUUCAGAUGAGGAAUCUUUGGACACAAAACUGAAUCAAUCAUCAGUUAAUAAGGCUCGCAUAUGCCCACGUUCAUCAGAUAGCUUCAUUGAUAUCUACUUGGGUUCUGAGAUCAGUGAAACUGUAUUGAAAGACUCGAGCAAUCAUCUUGAAAAUGUUACAGGCAUCGGGCCCCUUCACAAUGGCAAGAAACUUUUCAAGAGAGACAAGGUACAUGCAUUGCCGAACUCGCUCUCUGCUAAGAUAGAAACGCCUAAAAACCAGCUUCGAAGUGAUCUACGGUUUAGACACACCCCAAAGGCUCACAUAAGUCCAUUCAGGAAAAUGUUGGAUCCAUUUAUGAAAUCUAAAUCUUUCGGGAGUCAUUUCGGUGAUGCAAUCGAAGCAGGUGGAGAUAAAGCUGUUAAGUCAAUGGACAUGCAGAAAAACAAGACAUACAGAAAAUCUUUGUUGCAAGAUUUCACAAAUGCAGCAAUGAACUCAGAUUGUGAUUCUCAUUUUCCGAGUAAUGAUAGUCAUCAUGAUGUUGUUGCAUCUUCACCUGUACAUCUACACGGCUCUCUCAAGUUGGAAAAAAAACAUGGGAUGCCGUUUUUUGAGUUCUCUCAGAGCUCCCCUGAAGAUGUCUACGUGGCCAAGACGUGGAAGACGGGCAAUGCUUUUAAAUGGGAAUACACAUUUCAUACCCAAGAUCAUAAAAAAAAGAGUAAUGCAAGUAGUUUUGGAUUGAAUCACAGCUGCAAACACGCCUUAAUGGUGGGUCAGAUGCAAGUUUCAUGUUAUCUAUCCUCUGAACUUAGAGAUGGUGGUUUUGACAACUCGAUGAUCACAGAAUUCGUUCU